AUGUCAAAACCUUCUCCUGCUUCAGAAAACUCCUCACCUCCUAAAUUGGUGAGGUCUUUUGGGGCAGCCUGUGACAGCAAUCAUGUUCCGAGCACAACAUCCAAGGCGAAGCCAGAGGCGAUAACGGGCUCCGCGCUCGCUCAGCAUGAUGAGGCAGACGCAAUCCCACCAAUAGCAGACAGUUUCAAUCACGAGAAUGGCCAUCCUCAUACUCUGAGCAGCAAUGGCGUGCUCGAUGAUUAUGAGGGAAGCGACCCAAACACCCCGCGCCUUCCUCCCACCAACUUAGGCAAUACCGAUCUUGAGAAUAUUCCACAGGAAGCCGCGGUAUCAUUAGAUCUCCCAGAUCAACCGUAUCCAGGCUCAGUCUCAUCUCGACUAGAUUUCAAAAGAUAUCCAUAUCCUUCCUCCGGAGCAGCAACUAGCCUCUUCUCAAGCUCUCUUUCAGAACCCGGCACACAGAUUCCUGAUAAGCCGACAGGGUAUAAUCAAGCAUUGCCGGCAUCUUCAUACAGUCAAGACAGGUCGCACAUCAGAUCUUGGCUGGAACAGUCUCAGCAAGCUUACAACCAUCCUCCUGCCAACAAGAUUACACCGCUGCCAUACAUACCGCGCACCAAGUCUAACGGAAUCGCAAACAGCACACGCAUGUCAGGAACAUGGGGUCAGGAGGGGGUACAGACUCCGGUUGGGCCAAGUCGCGAGCGUCAUUCGGCUAUGGGAGCAAGAGAGGAGGCCUUUUCUGAGGAGAAAAGGAAUCGCAGUUCUAGCCGUAGCAGUCAGAGCCGCGUUGAAAAGAGAAUUGAGGCAACCAUGGCAGAUGCGGAGCCGUCUUCGCACGCCAGAAGCCGGAAAUCAAGCCACGUGCUUGGUCUUUUCAAAGAGAACAAAUCUUCCCAUGACAUCAAAAAGGGCCAGGAGAGACAGAGAACAAAUUCAGAUAACGAUAUCGAUCCCUUUCCUGGUGGGACCGGCACGCGAGCAGAUGAGGCCUUCAGAUCGGGGCAUGAGGGUCGACAAGUCCUCAGCGAGAGCCAUGACAGAGACGAAGCUUCAGGGUCUCUUGAGGAGCCCCUUCUAGUACGCUCCUCGCAGGAACAGAGACAUACCCAGCAAAAUAAACAGCCUCAAUUGCAUCAGCAAUUGUCGCGAACAUCUUCGACCGCAAACCCCAGCGCCAACGGCCUAAGAAAGUCUCAAAGUGACACAGACCUCGCUAUAGACGAUUUCAGACCCGCAAUAUUAAAAGGGCAGGAAAAGGCUGAGGUUGUAACUGAACACAACAUUCCUGCGCGACUCCUUGAGGAAAUCAGAGAUUAUCACAAUCUCACUACGCCGUUCCACGACAAGUUUAGGCUUACUCAACCCAAGUCUACAGGCAUCAGCCUCAUGUCGAAAGACAAACAGAAUACUAGACAGUACCGAGAGGCCCAAAGUCCUAGAGAAGAGGGUUCUGACAUGGCAGAUCUACCAAAAUUAACGGGGGAGCCAGAGAACGAAGAAGACGAGUCUGAGCACAUCUCAUCAGCUCUCUACUAUCCCCAUCAGGCGCCUUCCCCAGACGCCUUGGAGGAUAUCAGUAUUGAUGAUGCGAGAAAACGCAAAGAUGCUCAAUUAGAAACAGAGUCAAAUCUGCCAGAUCCAGCAUUGCCGAUCACAUGUGAGGAUGAAAAAGCUGAAGAUGUUGACAUAGCACUACAAGUCCACAACAAGAACCGCUACUUGCAUGGGGACUUACAGAAAGCUCGCCCAUCCUCUGCAGAGCCGGAUACCGAUGGAUAUUCAGAGACCGGAUUCUCAUCAGCUUCAGAUUCUGAGUACGAAUCCUUAGACGAGACCAAGGGCUCAACUCUAAACGAAGACUCCAGUCUGACAGACGAUGCCGAGGCAACACCAAGAGCGUCGCCGAAAACCAGGCAAUCUUAUCUGCUGGCCCGGUCGCGAAAGGCCCAUCGUGGCCCUAAAGCCCCUUUAGGUGCGGUCGAACUGAAACCUUACAAUCAUCAAGUAGGCGGACAUACAACGGUGUUUCGAUUCUCGAAACGUGCAGUCUGCAAACAGCUCACGAAUAGAGAAAAUGAGUUCUACGAAGUCAUUGAACGUCAACACCCUGAUCUCUUGAAAUUUCUACCUAGGUACAUCGGAGUUCUGAAUGUAACUUAUCGCAAAGCGCCCAAGACUAAAAGGGCGAAUGUGGAAGGCGAAGUGGCUUCAGCAGAGGGUGCCGCGAAGCCAUCGCCCGGACUUGAGCGUGAUGAGCCUGAGAUUGGUCUGGCUUCUCUAGGCGAGAAUCGCAGUCAGCCUCACCCAGAAUCUAACCUUCAGAGUUCCGAGGAGCCGCCUCGAAUGGUGAGUCGCUCACAGCAAAAUGGACCUGUCCCUCAGGUCAUCUUUGCGAAUAAUCGACACAUCAUCCCCGAAAAUUUGUAUCCACUCCCGUCACGUACCAGUGGGUUAAGUAGUGGAGUAUCUAUCAGUGAUCACAAUUCGCACGUUGACCAGAAUGCUCCAGGUGGACAGGGCGGUGGUUCCGGGUUGGGAGACCAAGUCAAUGGACAAGAAGCCCGACCAUCGCUUCACAAGCACAAUGCUAGUUGGGGCGCUACUACAGUGAAUACGAAGUUGCAGGAACAGAUUCUUCGCGAGGUCUUCGGCCCGCCAAUUCGUCGCCGACCUCGAAGCGGACGUCAAGGGUUGCAGAGAGUAAUUGAAGAAAGUGACCAUAGGCGUCCGCCUACGAAAGGAACAUCGAUCCUCAGUCCAAUACAUGACAAGAGUCAAGGUGAACUAGAUACCAAGGACGCUAACACAGGUUUAAAGUCUGAGGCGACGCUGGAGGCAGGUGCCGAGAGUUCAUCCCUGUCUCAGCAAUGUCAUGACGACUUGGUCCGUCAAAGUCAGCCAGCUAAUGCCAAAACGGAAGACCUUCAGACAGGCUUAGCAGUCAAUGGGGAAUCAAACGGCAUGCCAAUAUCUGAGUCUCGAAUAAUCCAACGACGCCGUUCAGAUGUGAAUUUGCGCCGCAAGGGCAACAUGGACAGCAAUGACCGAGGUGAGCUGGAGUACUAUGAAGAUGGGUACGGGGGUGACGAAGAGGAUGCUAUGUUUGCCAUGGAUAUGGAUGUUCCAUCCGCGGCUGGAGCUCUAGCGAAGAGAGAACGUCCAAUUCCUACUGACUCUCAAACGCCGGGCAAGUCCGAUGAUGGUCAAGGCCAGAACACAUCGAAUGCUGCCAAAUAUUCUUCCCUCGCCCACGAUUCCUUCGGGAUGGAAAGGCUUUCUUUGACGCCCUCUAACCCCAAGCAAGCUCAGCUUCAGCCAGAUGAGAGGGUCCAGCACUUUUUAUUGCUCGAAGACUUGACAUCUGGCAUGGAUAAACCUUGUGUGCUGGACCUGAAGAUGGGCACUCGCCAAUACGGGAUCGAUGCUGACGAAAAGAAGAAAAAGUCCCAACGGCGCAAGUGUAAAGCGACUACUUCACAGCAGCUCGGCGUCCGUCUGUGUGGUAUGCAGGUAUGGAACGUGAAGGAGCAGUCUUAUCUCUUCGAGGACAAGUACUAUGGACGAGACCUGAAAGCUGGUCAUGAAUUUCAGGCCGCUCUUACUCGCUUCUUGUAUGAUGGGCUCUCCUAUACAAGCGUCUCCACACAUGUUGCAAUUCUAUUGGAGAAGAUAUCCAAGCUUGAGGACAUCAUACGGGACCUUCCAGGCUAUCGCUUCUACGCCAGCAGUCUACUCAUGCUUUAUGAUGGCAGUGUCAAAGGGAGUCCCGAAUCAGCAAAGACAGGACGAACUGCUUCGGGGGACACUCACCGAAAGGCAAAGUCGAGCAUCAACAUCAAGAUCGUCGACUUCGCCAACUGCGUUACUGCCGAAGAUGAGCUGCCCGAGAGUGUGCCAUGUCCACCUCACGAUCCUGAUGGGAUCGACAAGGGCUACUUGCGAGGGUUGCGUUCGCUGAGGAUGUACUUGAAGCGCAUUUGGAAAGAUGCUAAGUAUCAAGAGGACGCGGAAAUGGGCAGAGCAGAGAGCUUAGUUACCAUGCCAUCAACCUGGAAGGCUGAUGACCCUGCGGAAGAUCAAGGUUACGUGAGCAUGUGA